AUGGUCUCAGCAGUUAUAUUGAAUGUGAAUGCCAACCCAGAAUCGAUAACACAGUUUCACGACGAAUUAUCCAACGAAUUGCCUAACUUAAAAGGCAAUUGGAACUUCAGUUUCAAGAUUUUCAGGAAUAAUCAAUACUCUAUUCCUCCGGAUAAAGCAGACUCCUUGGAAGUGUCAGACGAAACGAAGUUCUUGCACACCUUAUCACCGUCGUAUUUGAAGGAAUCUUGCAUAAGUCUAAUCAAUAAGAGAUCAUCUGCUUUGUUCACCAGUCUUAUCAAUGAAGAAGUGGGGGAUUUAAGCUCCACGUUACUUACCAUUCCUGACAAUCAUUUACACAUGGGUGCCACCACAGGCUUGAAUGAUCAAUUUGAUAUGUUUAUAACGCAGAAGUUACAGAGUUUGUGGACGUUAAGACAAAAUAUAAGGGGUGAUGGGGGCCAGAUAUAUGAAUUGGAAAAUGGGAAUUUAACAAUCAGAACUUCCAACGUUUUCUUACAUGGUAUCUUUAAAGGUUUAUUAAUUGAGGUCGUUGUUGAUGACCAUGUUGUUGAAAAACACGACAAAGAAUAUUUAAAUGCUUUAUUCGAUAAGAUCACGAAAAAUUACAAAAUACCCAUGGGUAAAAUAUGCUUUGAUCUUCUAGGAAAGGACGCUUUCGAUAAGUAUGGUGACUUAUGUUUGCAAUAUUCAGAAAUAUUGAACUUCUAA